UGCAAAGAGCCUGGGAGAGAAGUUAGGCCGCUGUCCCAUUUAAUCGCAUUAGCAAACCAACAUGGCGGCCCGCGACGAACCUGAAGAAGCAGGAACGGUAGAAAAAGGACGCCGGUUGGAAGUGAUGCCGACAGGUAGCGAAGACGACGAAACGUGUGCUACAUUUGUUCUGCACGAGGAGGAUCACACUCUCGGAAACUCGCUGAGAUAUAUCAUCAUGAAAAAUCCUGAUGUAGUAUUCUGUGGGUACAGUAUUCCUCAUCCAUCAGAGAACAAAAUCAAUCUUCGGAUCCAAACAAAUGGUACUCCUGCUAUAGAUGUGUUGAGAAGAGGUUUAUCAGAACUCACUGCAAUGUGCGAACACAUGCUGGCUACAUUUGAGUUUGACAGUUGGUACUAAGAAUGAAUGAUGUGGCAUGGUUGAUUGAGGAAAUGUCCAUACCCACCUCAGGGAAAGACAUUGGAGGGGUUUUUUAAAACCCAAGGUUGAAAUCAAGUUUGAGGGAGAAGUCUUAAUUAACAACUAAGGAGUUAGUGCAGGUAAUUAUGUGAGAAAUUUUGUUGAAAAACUUUGAUUUCUCUUAUUUUACCACAGACAGCAGUUGAAGAAUAUAAAGAAGCUCAACAAAAUGGUGAUUUUGACAUGUCAGCUGCUGAUGAGUGACAACAGUCAGCAGAAUUACAGAUUAAUGAGAAAACUUAUCACAAGAUAAAAAAGGUCCAAGAUUGGCUUGAAACAGAAUCAUCUCUGAAGUGACUGAGUUUUAGAGUACUUAGUGCAAGCUGAAAUUCAACUGAGUUUUUAUUUUCUUUCAGUGGCGCCAACUUUUCAAAGUUUAUAAGAACAACAACAACAACACAGCAGUUUGUUUCAUGGUAUUUGAUAAACAGUGCCAGACUGUUUUGUUGCCAACUUUGCCGAUGGUAAAACUAUCCAACUGUUUCCAACAAUUGGGUUUUGUUUUCUUGAGAUUUUCAGAGUUUCCUGAGGUAAACUUGAGGGAAAUGUUUUAUUGCAAGGGUAACAGGGGUAACAAGCACGCAAGUGAUUUGUAAAAUAGCUACCAAAAAUAAAUGAAUAAAUAAAUAAAGGAGAAUCAAUUAAAAACAAA